AUGAUGUCCUUCAUCAGAUCAUAUCCCAACCUAAUCCCCAAACUACUCGCCCACUUUAAUUCCUCACCGAUCGUCGACGUCCUCAUGAGAAUCAUUCAAUCAGAACAGACUACCGAUGGCACGAUUGAUUGGCUGAUUGACUCGACCGACUUUGUCGAACUGAUCAUCAGUCUCCUCCAUCCAUCUCGAACCCCAGACCUGCAUUGUUCGGUAGCCGAAUUCCUCAAAGAUGUCAUCGCCUUCUGUACCAAUCAAGUCAUCUCCACCUCUCCCUCACCCAACCUGCCCAAUAAAGUCUCUAAUGGCUCCCUGCCCGGUGCCAAGGGUGGCCCCACCAGCUCGCCCGACCUUGCUCGCCCCGUCCCUGGGCCCUCUAUUCAACAAUCGUCCGAUGACUCAGAAGACCAUCCCAAAUUCAUCACCUCUAGGCUCAUGCGCGAAUUAUCCAGCUCAGCAGUGGUCUCCAAACUACUCUCCUUUGGACUUGGCACCCCGGUUUCAGAGGAUGAUGGCGUUAUCACCAACACAAGUCUGGCCUCCUCACUCAUCAACUCACUCUCAGUCGUCAUCGACCUGAUCCGCCGAAACAAUUCUGACUACUCCGAGCACCAAUUGAUGGUCUAUCUUCGGGACUAUCCGCCCGCUCCAAGACUCAACAACCUCCACUUCGUCGACACCAUCCUCUACUCCGACCCCCGCGUCCUCGACACCGUCCAGCGGAUUGGCAACAACACUAAGGCGGAUAAGAAGGUCGCCGAGGGCGGUCAUGUGGCUUGUCAGAUGUCCCAUCGGUUGGCCAUCGGGGCCGCUGACGCUGAUGACGACGAAAUCACAUUGAUCCUCAAAGACGAUGUCGAUAUCGAGGCCGUGUUCAAAUACCUCGCCGGGACCAUCCUGAGGGACGUCCCUAAGGACUGGGAUAUCAUCUUCUUCGGCCAUACCGACUUCAGCAACAAGGCCCGAAACGGGCCGGACCCAUUGACACAUCUACAAGUCGUCGGAGAAGAAGACGAAGUGUCAAUAAAGCAGGUUGCGGAUGUCAUUGUCAAAGCAGUGGGAUUUGAAGGAGACUAUUCGUUCGAUACAACAAAAGCAGAUGGCCAAUAUAAGAAAACCACAAGCAAUUCAAAACUGAAGCGAUUAUUGCCCGAUUUCAAAUUCACACCUUUUGAAACUGCUCUUGAAGAAUCAGUGAAAUGGUUUGUUGAAAAUUACAAAUCUGCGCGAACUGGUCCAAAAGAUUCGCAAAACCCAUGA